UCAGUUUCUUACCUUAGACAUCCCUCCCUGCAAAACUUCGAUACCGCCACUGACCAGGAAGUUGAAAGCCCUCUCUUCAGACAGACAGACCUGUCCACAGGGAGCAGGACUGUGUCUAGCCUUUCCCAGUACUGGGCACACAAGGUCUUUUCCUACUAUCAUGAAAAACCCAAGAAGACAGUCAGAGGCGCUUCCAAAAGCUCUGGCUCCACCACCCCUAGGUUUAGACACUACUGGACCAUCUUUUUCCGCAAAACCUAUCAAUCUCGAAUAGAACCAGAGCGGGUGAAUGUAGGGAUUUUUACUGAAGAAACCAGGAAUACAGCCAUCUGUUUCAAAAUCCUCAAAUCUCUGGGAAUGAAGAGACAUCAUCAGGCAAGAAUUUCAAUCUUAAACCUUUGUGAAAUGGCACAGAAUCAUCAGGCUACCGUGUUAACAACCAUCCAACAAUAUUUCCAAGACAACGAAGAGCAACUGGAAGCCAGGCACAAAUUUCGUAUAUUACAAGUGCUGCAUUCUAUUAUCACCUCAAGCCCUUUGCUCAGUGAACACUGGAUCCAAAUCUUCACCAGCUUGGCUCUGCAACACAUGUUUCAAGUCACGGAAUUGGAGGAGGUUUACCAGAAUGCAGCUAGUGACCUCCUGGUGGCACUGUGGAUGCAUUCAAGCACAUAUGUCAUGCCCAAGCUGGUCAGCAUGUUCUGGACUGGAGAAUUUCCUCAUCGUAGUGUCCUCUAUGCCAUGGGAAGGAUCAUUACCAACGAUUCAACUCCAGUUACUAUCGAAUAUGACACCUGGGAAUCCCAGCUAUUCCAGAUUGGGGAAAUGUCUGCCCCCUCACUCACAAAGAAAACCUGGAAAGAAGAACUUAAUCGUGAGAUCAACAAAUAUGAAGGCUGCUACCCCGGAUAUUCGUCAGAGAAGACCUGCCUGUACAUAUACUAUGGGGUUGUCCUGAGGGCAUGUGAUAAUAGCAGGAUUGUCAAGGAGCACCUGAACACUCUCCUAGGCACUUCUCAUCAGCAUGCACUCCAGAGAGAGGGCAUGGCCAUCACCAUCGGUCUUGUAGCCACUCAACACCUUACCGUUACUUGUUCCGUGCUGGAGGAAUUUAGCAGAACCACUAUCUUAGAGAAGACACCCAUCUCUAGAACCGAUCAGCAGAACCUGGAAGAUAUUCACUGGAAGUGGGCCAGCAGCACGGUGUUGCUCUGCUAUGGACAUAUCGCAGCCCGCACAAAAGAGAACAUCCUGACCCUGGCCGACAGCCUCGCCUCCAGGAUGGUGUGCUACUUCCAGUGCAGUCAUUGGGACGGUCCCGUAAAGAACAGUUUCUUGACAGCCACGAAGAUGCUCGUUGCUGCCAUCAACAACCACAAAGAAGUCAAUAAUUUUGAAUUCUUCCAGAAGUCCCAGCUUGUCAUAUGUCUAAUGAAGUUAAUUGAUAAGGAAUCUUGGGACAUUCUGUGCACCUCAGACCGACAGGAGGCGAUGCUGGCUAUCGCAAGUCUCAGUAAACUAAAACCCCCUCUAAGGCUCAAAGAGAAGUCAAAACUUUUACAAAUCUGCUUCCGGAGUGUCUUCACCCUGCCAGUGUUAGAGAGCCUGAAGAAGCAUACCUGCCUGAUGGUGAACCCUCCUGAUAUUCAGGUUCUCUUCAGCCAAUCAAUGCAAGCUCUGGAUCAGGUACUUCAGGGGUUCCUGUCGGAAAACCCAGACCCAGGAGAAGUACUCUACAUUUUGGAGCAAAUGGUCGUCUGGAUGGAUUCGAAACACCCCCAUGAACGCCAGCGGGCAAUCACCAGCAUUACAAUGUUUCUCAAGUUCGUCAUGGAGCAAUUCAGCUUAAAAGUGAAAUUAACCAGAAUAGGACACCUGGUGGGCAUGUUGGGGAUGCUCUGUGGUGAUUCUGAUGAAAAUACCAGACAGCAAGCUCUAGAAGCCAUGCUCCAUCUCUAUACCAUCCUGCUUCGCCAGAAGGGACUCUACUCUGAGGCAGUGAAGAAGAGGAAGAUCUGCUACUUCUGCCUUUCAAAAAGGAGCUGUGUUCCACACGUCAACUUUUUAAGCAGCAGUGUCCACAUUGUGAAGGUCUUUGGGGACCACUUCGAACUUUCAGAAUUGCAAGAUUUCGUGAUGACCCUGGUGGAAGGCCUGCAUUGUAAUAUGUUCUCCAGAGCCCAGACUACUGCUGAGAUGCUGCAUAAAAGCUGUGAAAGCUACUGGAACAAACUUGAAGAGGUCACUGAAAUCGGAAAGAAAACUUACCUCCAGCUUUGUCUUAUUCAAACCGUAUCUGCCAAGAGGACUGCCCUAUGGGCCAUCUCUCCACUGGUCCAACACCACACUCAAGAGCUUGUUUUCGCCUUUUUGGAAUUCUCCCUAUCCAUGAAUAGGAAUGUGGUGGAGCUGUGGAAAUCAGUGGGAUCCAAUCCUGAGACCUGCCCUAAGGUGUUGCACCUCCUGUUGCAGAAGCUGGAGCACAGGCCUACCCUGGAUGAAUUGACCUACUUAAAAGGGAAUUACUCAGAGUCCUUGGCUGCCAUGAACACACUAUAUGAGAUGAUCUUUGUGUCUGAAUACCAAAAUGCGCUGAAGAUGGCCUUUCCUCACUUCUUCUUCGCCAUGGUCACCCAGAUCCAUUAUAUCUUCGAACUAAAUCUACAUGAUGAAAACUGCAUCUAUCUUAACAAAGACUUUACCACCUUUCACACCAGCCCCAACUGUACAUCUGUGGAGGCUGUGAAAAGUCUCUUCUCCAAGAAUGGCUUCUGGCAGGAAUUUGCUUUCCUGGAGCUCCAAGAUGUCUGGGCUCAGCUGUCCACCCCCAGAUCCUUCUUCCAGGGUGUCUCUAUGCUCUCCAGGGCCAUGGUGGAAUACAGCUGCCCCUACAUCCCCGGGAUCUUGCUUUACUCUGUGUCCAUGUUCCAGAACAAUGAGGAGAGGCAGAGAGUAGUGGCUAUGAUUUUCUUCACCGAGUUCCUGCGGAGUCCUCUGACAUCGAAGCUGCUAUCGAAAAAAAUGAUCUUGGCCUAUCUACAGAAGGGUAUCAAAGACUCGAACUUGGUGGUGCGAGUGGUCAGCCUCCAUUGCUUCAGCAACAUUAUCCACACCUACGAGAAGAACUGUCUGCUUCUGUCCCGGUUACCAAUCCUCCUAAAUGCAUUAUAUGACCCCAGUGAGAAGACGAUCCUAGCCAGCCUCUACGCUGUAUCCAGCAUCCUCUACCAGCUAGGCAAACAGAGCAUCGACCCCUUCAGCCUGGAUCUGGCACUCACCCUGAGACCAUUCUUUGACGAUGAGAGAGAAACUGUCCGUGGUAGCGCCAUCUACGUUUUUGGAAGCCUCGUGAGCAACAUGGAGGGCAGGGCAUCCCCCAUGCUGCAAGACCAAGUCUGCCGGAGCCUCAUCCCUUUGCUUUUCCACCUUAUGGACCAAGAAGAAGAUGUGGUGAUGAAAGCCAAGUUUGCCUUCUUCCGUUGUGCCAGCUUCCUAAACUGGGACGAACCAGAGAAGCUCUUCCGUCGAAUUGCCUGGGAGGAAGGCCUGCAGGCACUGCACAGCAUCUGGAAGUGUUUUAUGGAAAACAUGUUCUCCAAAGUGGACCUUUUCCUAUCCCAGGCUCUCGGAUACAUCCACAGCAAACAAUGGACCAUGCGAACAGCUGCUGCCCUCUACAUAGGACACACCAUCAACAUGUUGCCUUAUGCCGUAUCCAGGAUACUAGAUGAACAAGGGCUGAUUUUCCUCUUUGAAGUCUUCGCUGAAUUAGAAGAGGAUGAAGAGAAAUUCAUCCGCCACGUGGCCGAGUCCCAUUUCACAAGUCUGCAGAAGAUAGUUCGGCUAGUGUAGACCUUGAACUUUGACCUUGACCUCAUGUUUCUUCCUCACUAGGAGGCCCUGCAGCUUUCAUAUGCCCUCCCCAUCAGCUGGACUAUUCCUCUCCUCGUAACUAUUAAAGGCUGACAUCUUCCCUCUGGGCCCUUUCUCUUCUUCCUCGUGGGUCAGUGGGGUCCCGCCUAGUCUGGAGCCAAGGUCCGACUGCCUACGGGGAUCAAAGCCCCGUGCUGGACAGGGGAGGGACGAGGGCCCAGAUUACACAGUCCCGGCUAUAGGGAGCAUAGGGUGCUUUAGGGAAGUCAUCCAGGAUGGGAGAACCAGAGGUUGGCUUUAGAGUCCCAGCCAGGCCCAGUGUCCCUCCAGAAAGUUGGUUUGCAGUUUGAUUUCCUACUGUUCUCAGAGGGAGCACGGGGAAUUUAGAGCUCCUUGCUCGUUGUCUCAGGGAAGGGGAAGGGAAGGGAGACGAGGAGAGAAUUUGGAACUCAAAGAUUUGUAAAACGAGUAUUAGUGAAAAAUUAAAAUGUUCACAUAA